AUGGAGACCGUUUUGGACACGACAAACGGAACUGAUGUCUUCCUUCGCGAAGAUUGGGUCGUCGUCGUACAAACAAUGGUCCUAACCGUAACAACCGUUUUCGUCAUCGUCGGCAACAUUCUCUGCUUUUUGGUGCUUCUGAAAAGCGAAGACACCAACGAGGUAACGCGACUGUGUAUGUUGUUUCUGACUGCCACAGAUACUGGUAUAGGUUUUCUAAUUUGUAUACCGGUUACAGGUGCUACUGCUGCGGAUCGCUGGCCGUACGGUGACACGUUUUGUAUGGUGGUUGCUGUUGGUACUAUCCUGUUGUCGCUGAGUAGUAUCUUUGUGGUGGUGGUAAACGUGGAAAGAUUUAUAGCUAUCGUGUGGCCGUUACGCAGCGUGACUUAUGUUACCAUCCCCAGGGUUAGGGUGGUGUUAUGCAGUGUCUGGGUGCUUGGUGCUGCCUUUGCUGCCGUCUACUGCUUCCUGCCUAAUCGCUCGGCCGUCUACCACCCGCAUUUCCACACCUGUUUUGUGGACCCAGACGAUCCCAACGAACAGGACAGUAUCGGCGUGAUGGCGGCGUGGGUUUUCGGCAUUGUUCCGUUCCUUAUCACGCUCUUGCUGUACGCUAGGUUGUACCAAAUCGCCAGGCGCCACGCCCGGCAAAUCAACGUCUUGGAAGGUGCUCAAAACCGGCAUGUCAUCAAGAAAUCGGACCUCAAGACAGCCACUACUUUCUUCAUCAUCACAGCAGUCUUGGCCCUGUCCUGGAUCCCGUUUGCUGUGGUCAUCUGCUACGAGGGUGUAACUCGCCAAACGUCUCACCCAGCAGCGCCUUUCAUCUCAGAGAUCCUCUUACUUUCCAACAGUUACUGGAACAUCGUCAUCUACUCCAUCAGGAACGUGAAGUUCAGGCGGUCGGGGAUCCGAUUAGUCCAGAAUUGUUUUCGGAGGGGGAGGGACGGUAGAUCCAGGAACAAUGAGAUCGAAGCAAGUAGGAUCAUAGAAUCACCGACGUUUAAACAAAAUGUGAUGCUGACUCGCCACUUAUGA